AUAAAAUUUAUUUAACCUAUAAAUCCCGAUGUGUACUUAAAGUCACUUUUGCGAUCUAAUCCACAUUAAGAAGACUUAUUUAAAAACAAGAUUAACCAGAUAUCGACGUGGACCCACUCUGAAAAGUUUUACAACAUGAAAUCUGUGUCUAGUAUUGUCCAGAAAUGCCAGACUUGUCCCUACUUCACAACAUUACCGCGUUUAAUGGAAAAUCAUGCCAAACGCAACCAUUCUUUAAUGAUACAUUUCAGCUGUGAUGACAAUGUAGAAACUUAUCGCUGUCAUGACUGCAACUUCCAGACAGAUUUUAUUGUCACUUUGAAGAAACACAUUAAAGAGUGUCACCCAAGUGGAAGAAACAACCUCCAGCCAAAUAUCAAUUACACUAUUCAAAACUACAGUUGCAUAAAUUGCGAUUUCGAAACUUAUACUUCAAUUAAACUUCUUCACCACAGUACAGCUUGUGAAGAUCCUCAGCAACCAACCACCAGUUUAAAAUCACACACAACUGGAAAAGAUCCGCAAAAUAUUUACUGGUAUCCAUGUAGAAAAUGCACUUUCAAGACCAAAUCAAAAGCUUAUUUAAGGAAACAUAUCUACACCAAACACUUAGACGAAAAGUUCAUCAAAUGGCACAAGUGUGAUCAUUGUUCAUAUGUGGCAAAAACCGUAGAACAGUUAAAAUCACAUACAAAGCGCACACAUUUGGGUGAUGAAACCCAGUGGUAUCACUGUGAUAAAUGCCCGCACAAAAGCAAAUAUAAGACUUCAAUAAAAAACCACAUGAGAUAUGUACACAAUGAAAAUAAACGAGUUGAAUGUGAUAAGUGCCCGCGCACUUUUAAAAAUAGGGACUCCUUGAAAAGACACACAAUUAACAAACACCUGGACGAGAACGAGAUUCAGUGGCAGCAGUGUGAACAAUGUCCAUACAAAGCUAAAGUCAGGUCUAACUUGUUACGACACAUAAGUGUUGUACAUCAAGACGUUAAGAAAUAUCGUUGUGAUCACUGUACAUAUAAAUCACGUAGUUCGUUCACACUAAAAGAGCAUAUGAACGCUAUACAUUCACAGGGCAGUGAAGUCAAGUGGUAUCAGUGCACAAAAUGUCCACAUAAAUAUAAAACCUACUCAGGUUUAAGGCGCCACCGGCGCAUGGAGCAUGGAGAAUUCUCUGGAAAGUAUCAGUGCGAUCAAUGUAAUUUUAAGACAACAAGUACACAAACUUUAAGAGACCAUAAGGGUAGCAAACAUUUAAGUGACACUGAAGCUGAGUGGUACCGGUGUGAAGAAUGUCCAGCUAAAUAUAAAAUUAAAGCGUCUUGGAGACACCACGUGAAGAGCAAACAUGCAAAUCGAGUUGAAGACACUUUGAAUGUUUCUGAGCUAAACGUAAAAAUGUUCUUAGCUUUAAAAUCACUUCCUCCUUUUGACUAAGCUGUUGUAAAGAUCGUACCUAGUAGACAAUACGACCUAAUUUCGGUAAAGUUAUAUGCAAUAUGAUGGAUUUAACUCAUUUUGUUGCAUUGGCUUAUAUUUGGACUGCUUUUUGAAAAUAACGUUUAGCGUGAUUCCGAGCUUGCCAAUGAAUUUAAGUCACCUCUAAAAUACCUGGACACGACUGAACUCAUUUUGCAUGUUUGCUCCUCCCAUGCACUUGAUACAUCAAAGUGUUAGAAGUUUCAGAGUGUGAAUUUAAGUCACGUUAUAUUAACUCUAAAAAAACAUAUAAGUAACACACAUUGACAACGUCGGAGUAAAGUUAAUACGUUGAUAUAACUAACUUGCGAGAAGUGACCUUAUGAAUGCAAAUUGAAACAAACGUUUACAAAACAUUCAUUUUUUUGAUAACGAGAUUGAGUGGAUCAGUAUGGUUAUGAAUAUGUAGAAAUGAAAUGAUGAGGUGUUGUUAUUAAAAACGUAAUGUAAUACUUGAUUCUUUCAAAUUAAUAUAACUUUUAUAUUUAUUUUUAAGUACUAGAAACAUAUUUACUAUUUUUGUAGAAAUCUCCAUUAAAAACAUGUUAUGUAUUAUUAUUAUUAUUAUUAUUAUAUUUGGUUAGGUGUUGACUAUAACAGAGUGCGUCACGAA